CCACCCGGCUUUUCCCAGAUCAGCAAAAUCAUCGAGACGCUGAACCAGCAGCUGCAGGCGAAGGGCCGGGAGCUGAACGAGUUUCGGGAGAAGCACAACAUUCGGCUGGUGGGGGAGGAUGACCCCAAGCAGCCCCCGAAGGAGGGGGCCGAGGGGGCCGGGGCCAAGGGCGGCUCGGCCGGCGUCCUGGUCUCGUAG